GGAGAGAGUGGCAGACCGAGGCGGCUCCGGGCAGCAAGUGAAGGGGUGCCCGCGCGGCGACGGCUGCAUUGCAGACACGGCUCAGGGUAGGGGGACCCCGGCGGCUGAAACGAUCUAUUUGGAACCACGGGUGAGUGAUGCCGUUAGAGUUGAGCUGCUGAACACUCGUGGACACUCCCCUGCUGCACGUUGGCCAUCAGCUGAGACAACAUGGAAGACUCCUACAAGGAUAGGACCUCACUGAUGAAGGGUGCCAAGGACAUUGCCAAAGAGGUGAAGAAGCAAACAGUGAAGAAGGUGAGCCAGGCAGUGGACCGGGCCCAGGAUGAAUACACCCAGCGGUCCUACAGUCGGUUCCAGGAUGAAGAGGACGACGAUGACUACUACCCGCCCGGAGAACCCUACAGCGGGGAGGCCAACGAUGACGAGGGCUCCAGUGAGGCCACUGAGGGUCAUGAUGAAGAGGAUGAGAUCUAUGAAGGGGAGUACCAGGGCAUCCCCAGCAUGAACCAGGGGAAGGACAGCAUAGUGUCAGUGGGACAGCCCAAAAGAGAUGAGUACAAGGACCGCCGAGAGCUGGAGUCAGAGCGGAGGGCUGACGAGGAAGAGCUGGCCCAGCAGUAUGAGCUGAUAAUCCAGGAGUGUGGCCAUGGUCGUUUCCAGUGGGCCCUUUUCUUUGUCCUGGGCAUGGCUCUCAUGGCGGAUGGUGUGGAGGUGUUUGUGGUGGGCUUCGUGCUACCCAGUGCAGAGACAGAUCUCUGCAUACCGAAUUCAGGAUCCGGAUGGCUAGGCAGCAUAGUGUACCUCGGGAUGAUGGUGGGGGCGUUCUUCUGGGGAGGACUGGCAGACAAAGUGGGCAGGAAGCAGUCUCUCCUGAUUUGCAUGUCUGUCAACGGAUUCUUUGCCUUCCUUUCUUCGUUUGUCCAAGGCUAUGGCUUCUUUCUCCUCUGUCGUUUGCUUUCUGGAUUCGGGAUUGGAGGCGCCAUUCCUACCGUGUUCUCCUACUUCGCUGAAGUCCUAGCCCGGGAGAAGCGGGGUGAGCACCUCAGUUGGCUCUGCAUGUUCUGGAUGAUUGGUGGAAUCUACGCGUCAGCCAUGGCCUGGGCCAUCAUCCCACACUACGGAUGGAGCUUCAGCAUGGGCUCAGCCUACCAGUUCCACAGCUGGCGGGUCUUCGUCAUCGUCUGCGCACUCCCGUGCGUCUCCUCUGUGGUGGCCCUCACCUUCAUGCCGGAAAGCCCUCGCUUCUUGCUGGAGGUGGGAAAGCAUGAUGAAGCCUGGAUGAUUCUGAAGCUCAUUCACGAUACCAACAUGAGAGCCCGGGGCCAGCCAGAGAAGGUCUUCACGGUAAAUAAAAUCAAAACUCCCAAGCAAAUUGAUGAGCUGAUUGAGAUUGAGAGCGACACAGGAACAUGGUAUAGGAGGUGUUUUGUUCGGAUCCGCACAGAACUGUAUGGGAUUUGGUUGACUUUUAUGAGAUGUUUCAACUACCCAGUCAGGGAAAACACCAUAAAGCUUACGAUUGUUUGGUUCACCCUGUCUUUUGGGUACUAUGGAUUGUCGGUUUGGUUCCCUGAUGUCAUUAAACAUCUGCAGUCUGACGAAUAUGCCCUGCUAACGAAAAACGUGCAAAAAGAUAAAUACGCAAACUUCAGCAUCAACUUCACCAUGGAGAACCAGAUCCACACUGGAAUGGAGUACGACAAUGGCAGAUUCCUCGGAGUCAAGUUCAAGUCUGUAACUUUCAAAGAUUCAGUGUUUAAGUCCUGCACCUUUGACGACGUGACCUCAGUCAACACCUACUUCAGGAACUGCACAUUUAUUGAUACCCUUUUUGAGAACACAGAUUUUGAGCCAUAUAAGUUCAUCGACAGUGAAUUUCAAAACUGCUCAUUUCUUCACAACAAGACGGGAUGCCAGAUUACUUUUGAUGAUGACUAUAGCGCCUACUGGAUUUAUUUUGUCAACUUUCUUGGGACGUUGGCAGUGUUGCCAGGCAAUAUAGUGUCUGCUCUGCUGAUGGACAGAAUUGGACGUUUAACCAUGCUAGGUGGCUCCAUGGUGCUCUCAGGGAUCAGCUGUUUCUUCCUGUGGUUUGGCACCAGUGAAUCAAUGAUGAUAGGCAUGCUGUGUCUGUACAAUGGGCUGACCAUCUCAGCGUGGAAUUCCCUCGACGUGGUCACUGUGGAACUGUAUCCCACAGACCGGAGAGCGACGGGCUUUGGCUUCUUGAAUGCGCUCUGUAAAGCUGCGGCAGUCCUGGGAAACCUAAUAUUCGGCUCCUUGGUCAGCAUUACCAAAGCAAUCCCCAUCCUGCUGGCUUCCACCGUGCUUGUGUGUGGCGGACUCGUGGGGUUGCGCCUACCCGACACACGAACCCAGGUUCUGAUGUAAAGGAACAAAAGCCAUCUCUUCCCACCAUGGGUCAGUCCUCCUGCCUGACUCAAGGCUGCAGGGGUUUUUGUGUGUAGAAAGGCGGCCGAGUAGCAGAACACAAACUUUUGCUGUGACGUAAAGAGUAGCUGUGUGUGUGUUGUCUUGCCCCUCCAAUGUGACUUUGCACUGUUUUGUUUUUUCCAGGCAUUGUUAUCUUUUCCUAACUGUGAUACUCCUGCCUCCCCGUGUCCCGUGGAAGUGUUCCUAAAAUGUCCCAGUCAGUCAGGCCUUCCUGGGGAUUCUGAUCACUGACACUGAGAAGCUAAAAAGCCUGUUCUGGCCUAAGAAAUAGACCCUGCCCCUGACGUGUCACUAACAGGAAGUUCAAGCUGGCAUAAUUGAGUUUGUGCUGAGGAAAGGGAUUUCUUUUUUCUUUUUCUUUUCCAUACAGAAUGAUGUUUCCUGUUUACUUAGAAAAAAAGGACACCCAGACACUCUAGCUGUUACAGCAGGGUGUUUCAAAAACAUUGUGUGACCCCAAGCAUGCCUGAGUGGGGCUCUUUCAGGCAGAACAGUCAAGGUGACUCUUCUAACAACAAAAAUUUAAAGUCUGACCCCAGAUGGCAACAAAAGCCUGCUUGAGCUGCAGAAACCAGAUUUUAGAUGGAAGAGCCCUGAUACAUGCGAGGGCUGCAGCCCCCACAGUAUCUGUGACUUGGCAGGUGGAUCGCAGUGUUUGAAGAUCAGAGAUCCUCCACCCUCUUUGCAUUCCUUCCCAAGCUGCCCCAGAAUUGGCCAGAAAGCAGAUGCAGGGAAAGAAAGCCUCUUCUUAAAAUGUCACAUCUGCCUCUUGAAUUCUGUUAACACUUUUCUCGUCUCUGGUCCAGUGAUUGACAGUAGAAAUUAGAAACUGGCAAGAAAUUCACAACCAAAGCCAUUUGGAAAUGCCAAAGGGUGUUUCUCUCAGUGCUGUUUCUUGAGGGUCAAAACCAUCCUCUCUCCCUUGGUUAGCUGUCCACUGUCACUGUUUAAUCCCCCCAUCUCCACAGCAGGUCCUGUCCCUCCAGCUUUCCCCAGCUAUGGGCACCCAGCCUUGUCUGAGCCCAGCCUUGUCUCUGGGUUGCCCCCCUUCUCUCCCAAGCAACCCUCCGGCAGGCUGGACAGCAUCUUCUGGUGGAUGUCUGUCUGUUUUACCUCUGGAAUCUUCAUGAGCGUGGAAGGAGAGGUCAGCGGGACGUUCCCACGGGCCAGCUGUCAACUAAAUGACCUUCUGGUCUCUCACUGACUGCCCCUCCCCCAAGCCCAUUCUUUCAUCCAUCUUUGAAAUCUGAAGGCUUCUUGUAGAUGCACGGCCUGUGACAACAGCCAGUAUACAUCCCAUAUUUAAAUGGCCUUCUCUCUUUAACUCCCUCUGCCUUGUUGGAGGGUGAUCAUUGUUGCUUCUUUCCUGCUAUUCCUGCAUGGCCACGGCCCUGGAGCUUCCAGAAAAGAGAAAUGUUUGUUCCCACUAAUCAUUCCAUUCAAAGAUGGCCCUGCUCCCUGGAGGCCCGCUGUCUCCCCUCCUUUGCAACAUUCCCUGAUCCCUCCUGGAGCUCAAGUUCUGUGAAAAGCUCUUUGAUUAACAUAAGCCAUUAAUCCACUGUCCCCAACAAGUAAGUCUGGCUUGGUGGAGGGGACAGCCUAGAGUUAAGAUGGAAAGUCUCAGAGAGUAGUUCCCUGGAGAUAAUUUAGAUACUCCGAGCCAGGACACCAAGGAUAUCAGAACAAAAUCUGCAAAGGUGCCAGAAAAAGGAAAACCUUUAAGAUUAGGCAUGGCUGCUUUGAAAGACACCCACAAAGCAGGGACCAGAACAGAAUUCACUUCUGUUUCCUUUUCCAUCCCUGGGAAACAAAUGCAUAUUUUAAAAAUCUCAGAAAGUAUUUUUCGCAUUAUUCGUUGUCCAUGUGGGUUUGGUUCCCCCUCCUAGUUACACGUGAUUUGUCUUCUUUUAAAAAGGCGGGGGAGGGGCAUGUUUGGGACUUAGAGCAGAUCUUUUGGAUGAAUGAGGCCUGUAAAGGCAAUGCUACAAAAGUAAAAUAUGAAUCUCUUCUCUUCCCACACAAAGGAAAAACCGACUUAUACAAACGCAUUGCUUUUUCAACCCUCAAGUGGUAGUGAACUUACUGCAUAAUCAAAUUGCCUCUAUUCUCUGUCUUAUAGUCUAACUACAUCAAGUACAUUCCAAACUGCAAGACACAGUUAUGCAGAAUUUUAUCUGGAUGCUGGGUUGGGUCAGCAUGAGAUAACCCAGCAGAACCUUGCUUUGUAAGACCAUCUGCCAUCAUCUCCUUCAGAAGAACUAUUCUUGUCCAUCUACCCCCAAGCUUCCCAGGUGGCCCAAGAGGGAUCUCUUCUAAUCUCCUGGACAAUCAGUGGUCACAAACCUUCUUGGUCACCACCUUUCCCACCUUCCAUGUUUUUUUUUCCUCAGCCUUUUCACUGUGCAUCACCUUUAUUGUCCAUGACAACGUCCUCGUUUCUUCCCAAGUAUGUGGUACGGCUUGUUUAGGUUUAAUUAGAGAUUACGAUGGAAUCAUAAGAGUCAACCGAAGCCCCCGUUAAAUGAGUGUUAGAUGGCAAACAUCUGCCUUCCCAUUUCAUAUACAGCAAAAGGAAACUGAAAGCUUAUUCAAAAAUCAGAGGGAACAGCACCACCUAUACCUGUUUUUGGAACUCUGUUUCUAAGAUUUUCCCCAUUGCUCUUCAGAAUCAGUCCAGAGUGUUCCCCAGUUUUACCAUCACCGAUUCCUCUCAAUAUGAAAGAAAGCAAAACAAUCAAUAGCGAAUCAGCUGCUCGGCACAGUGACUCCUCUAAGAUACUCCACUCUACAUACUGGGUCUCAAGGCUCACACUCAGUCCUGCUUCCUGAUCCAUCUCACUCCUGAGUACUAACCCAAGACACAGUAUCAAUAGGGGCAGAGAUCUUUCUGGGGCGAAUCCAUAUGAUCUUAUCCAAAAGGUCAAGAAUUAAGUCACUGGACAUAUUGGUCCUCAGUUCCCCCAUCUGUAGAGAAAAAGGAUGACUAUUUUAUUCUCCAAGAUUCUAUGGGAUGAAAAUGAGAGUAGCUUCUUCUUAUCUGUCUUCUACCAAUGGGAAGCCCACCUUAGCGACCUUCUGAAAAUGAGACAAUAACCAAGUCUAUAAGGAGAGCAGGAGUUGGCUUGGGAAGACCUCAUAUCACAGGCUAGGACAGUCUUCAUGUUGUCUGUGCUGCCCACACCUGGGGAUUUGAAAUGUAGCUCAUUUCGGUGCCCCUCUUACUGCCAUUGCCACCCACUCAGGAAAUGCACAACCCCGGAAGACACACUACAGUUAGAAAACAACCUGAUGGAGGUGGACCCACAAAGGCUGUAUCCUCCAGCCCCAUCCUUCUACUUCACUGUUUUCUUGAAAUUACCUUAAAUGGAUGUAGGCCAUCAGGAACAAUGUUUCUCGACGACUUGGCAUAAAUUGGUAGAUGGACGCUCCUUUAUAAAUCUCACCAAUCAGAGCUCAAGUUUGCACAAAAAAAAAACUUAUUUUUUUUAAAAAUAUCUUCAGGCAUCGAGGGAGGGGCAGUGGGAGGCGUGGUGAUGGCGGGAGAGUCCAGUGUUCUAUCAAUAAUCAAUAGGGUUCUAGUGCAAUAGGAUUAGUGCACCUGGAGACAUUCUAAACUCCAGGAUUGUUUCCAGAGCAUUCCAUGAGAAUACUUUCUGAUGUCUUCUGCCAACCAAAAUAGAACAUGAUAUUCUCUAGUUUGCUUCUAUCUUAUAUCAAACAGGCUUUUACCUAUUUCUUCAUCAAGAUGCCUUAUUUGUUCAUAUACAAAAGGCCCCGAAGCCAGGAAUGUCUGGAUUUGACCUUCACCUGGAAUUGUAGACAACUGACCUAUUGUUUGGGGCCUAGUGGCUGUAUAUCAGGUUUCUUUAAAUCCCAUAUUGUGCCAAACUUAGACUAGUUACCAGUCACCCCUCACCCCCUAAAAAAAGUCAUGCAGAGACAGCAAAAGCACAUCUACACGGCAGAGCGCCCUGAAGUGGCCUGUGUGCUCCCUCACGUUCUUCUCCUGUCGAGCAAAGUGUCUACUUUAGCUAAAAUGUCUCCUGUAAUCUGACAGAAGGAAGUGGUCAAGCUCUUAGAUGCAUUGCGUGUCCUUUCCCUGUGUCAGGAAGCUAGCGAUUCUCUGUGUACUGUGCUGUGGCUUUCACUAUUGGCCACGCCCCUGUCAACAACCUCUCACCAACCACAGGCACGCCUUUGCCAGGGCUUCCUUCCACUUUUCUUGGCUCCCAGGUGCGGUUUAGCUGUCCCAGCAGUUUGAGCCUCAGGGUAGGCAGUCUGUGGGUCUGCUUGGGUCUUUGACUGAAGUGGGUGGAGCUGGGAGAGAAGAGAGUUGGGUAGAUGGGCCCGUCUCUCCUUUCACGAGUGUAUUGGCUAAGUACUGGCUUACCAUUGUUCUAGGUGCUGCGUGCGGAUACUUAACCCUCUGCAGUAUUUCUUUGAGAUCAGGGAGAGCCAGGAGAAUGACAAGCCAAUCCCAUAUCUUCUCACAUUUCGUGUUAGGCCUCUGUCAAUGUCUUCGGUCUCUAAGUUUUACACAAGUUAUAGCCCACAACAGGUGGUACAAGGGCUAUGCAGUGCCGGGGUGACGCGUGACAGAGGAAAAGCUUCUUCUUUAGCCGGUCUUUGGGGGAGGGAGUACUAAGCAGUCCUGGGAACACAAGACACGUUCAUGCAUGUGUUUCUUCACAGGAUCUCAAUGGGAAAUUGCACUAAGCUAUCAUAUAAAGAAGAGAGCUUUUCUAGAGCUGUUCGUUUCUGCACAACAGUUCAUUCCAGGGAGCUAGGAAGUAAGUGUGUUCCCCUCUGGGCAUGCUAGGGCUCUCUCUCUCCAGGGCCUCAGCAAGUCCUGUCAGCUGGCUGCUGAUCUCUGGCCUCUCCUCCCACCCUCUCAGGGGGUGUUUCCUUUCUGGUGUUAGAGAUUCCUGACAGAGUCACACAGUCUUGGGGACAUCCGAAAGCGAAAGCAACUUUCCCCUUCUCUAGCCUCAGCAGAAAGCAGGUUGUGACCACAGCAGGCCAUGGAGAUUAUAGGCUACAAUUUAAAAUGGAGUGUGGGGUUGUUGCAGAGGAUCUUGGGGGCUCUGGAGCCUUCAAGUAGGCAAGGCAAAGAGAGAGUGUAGUCACUGGCCCUCUGAGAGCCAUGGGUGCCUUUCCCCUCAUCUCUAUGUCCUCUGGGCAGCUCAUGUUCACUUUCGUUCUUUCAUUAAUCUUUCUUCUUCGGUCUUCUUUUCCCCUCUUCACCCUAGCAGCAUCCAAGGUGAGGGUAAGCUUUCCCAAAGCACCAGGACUCAGGAAUGGAUAUGUCCUUACCUUUCUGGAACACAGAGGAUGGAGAACCUGGUUAGAAAGGAGUGUAGUGACAAUGGUGCUGGAUCCAUGGGCCCCCUGGAAAGGUUUAGAUUUCUGAUGUCCUCCUAGUCCUACACCCUAAUAAGAUCAGCAGAGAACCAGAGGGUCAGAAGACAUCCCUUGGCUUCCAAAAGAAGCAUUCCUCUCCAGGAGCAUGGCAUGCUGUGAGAAAUCCCCACUCAGUACUGGAGGUCAGGUGCUUAAACCACAAAGGUUGCCCAUCUUCUGCCCGCCCUACCAUAUUUGCAUGCCCCCUGGAGCCAAGAGCAUCCAGAACUAAAAGGAGACAAGAUCUUUCUAUCUUUGGUUCAGACUCAGGUAAGUUUUUAUGCAGCAAGGAUAUAGAGCCCUAAGCCGCUGCUUCCAGGCACUCUUGAGAAGGACUGGCCAGCCAGGACAUAAGGGGCAGUGACGUCUAAAUCCAGCCAAGGCUGGGGACAGGCUCAACCCAGUUCUUUGGAGUCAGUUGUUUAAGCUUCAGAGAUUUUAAGAAAGCCAGUCAAGAAAUAUAGCCAUCAUUAAAAGUUAAAUACAAUUAAAUCAGUUAUAUUUUUAAAGCAAUACAUAUUUAAAACUCAUCACUUUCUACUUAUUUUGCUACAUUUUUCUAUUAGCCAUGCCCUUGAGGUAAUAUAUGCCUAGUAUACCUCUAUACCUCUAUUAUGGAAGUACUAUGGAACGAUGUUUUAUUGGAUGUAUAUUCUUGAUGACAGGGUCAAUGACAUUAUACUAAGUUCAUCCACAUUUACAGCAAGCAAAGAAACAAAUGCUUUAGGUCAGACUCCUCCUACCCCUACAAUAACCCCAGGCACUGGUAACCAUUUACCAUCAUAUCACUACCUGAAGCCCUGAAGAAUACCUGGCUUCCUGCAACUCAGCAGGAGUGUGCUUUGCUAGCCCACACAGGGCCCUGGGUUCACAGAGGUCGGGAGGUGGGGGAAGGGGAGGGGAAGGUUGGGCCUCCCAAGGUACAGACCCAGGCCCUUGGGCUUUUAUUACCCAUGAGUCCAAGGGAAGGAAACAUUUAGCAAGUACUCAUGCCAGUUCUCAAAGGCGUCCUUCCACAUCCAUAUUGGCUCAGAAUAGGACCAGCCAUGCGAAGAACACCAUGCUGGUGUUUCUUCAAGGAAAUCAGCUGCUAAGUGCGCAUUCCCAAAUGUGGUUGUAUAUUCUCCGCCUGACCCAGGAGCACACUGAACGGACUGUGAGCUCUUUAUCGGUGUCUUAAAAGGGAAUCCCUAGAACAGGGUCCUUCCAGGCACGCUUCCACCUAGGUUGCCUGCUCAGCCUACAACUCCGCCACUCUGCUUUUGGCAAUGAGAUCUGGCAGUGGUCCUGUCCUUGGUCAGGGUGUAUGGGUGUUUUGGCUUUGUAGUCUUUCCCUUUUCUCUUUUCGGAGCUGUGUCUGCUGUCCCGCUGUUUGGUCCAGUCCCCCUUGUUGCAUGUGUGAUCCUCCGUAACUCCCCUUCCGGGUUUCUGGAGCCCCCUUCUCGAGUUCAGCUGAUCCUGCCGUGAACACAUCUUUCUGGUAUGCUCCUCUGUGUCUCAUUUCUGAUUGCCAAAAUGUUGGGCCAAGUGUAUUUUCACAAAUGUCCCAAGACAGUCAUGUGUGUAUCCUUGUGAAAGGGCAUGCUCCAUGUGGGAUGGCUUGUGUACAGCGUAAAUCUAUCACAUGUGAAAGUGUGUAUACAUUUAUAUGCCAGAUAGCUAUCGUUCAUGUAACAGCUACAAAGAUAUUUAAUGUACAUCAGAUGAAUAAAAGAGCAUUUUUUGCUCCAUUAUAUUCA